GCGUAACGUACCGUACUCGUAGGCUACCGCCAGAGAGGAAACGAAACAAAGACUCUCCUCCUCCACUCUGCAGUGCAUCUCGAUUGUCGUGAUUAGCUUCUGGUAAGAAGCAAUCGGAAAACCAAACGCGAGGCUUGCAAGCGAGAAAGAAGCAACCAACCAGCACCAUGGCGGAAGAUCCAGAAGAGGCCGACGUCGCGGCCAUGCUCGACCUUUCCAAGAAGAAGAAAAAGAAAAAAAAGAAAAAGUCGGAGAAGGAAGCCAGCUCGGCCUCCGGAAGCGGGGGCGCCGGCGGGGCCGAUAUGAGCGCCCAGGAAGCCCUCCUGAGAGAACAGGACGAGGCCCAGGACUGCGUCGAAGAUCCCUACGAUCGCAAGGGACAGUAUGUCUACGGCGAGCUCCUCGACCUCGUUGUGGACCUGCUCCAGACCAACAAUCCUGCCCUGGUGGAGAAGAAGAAACGCAACAUCAAGCCGCCGCAGAUGACCAUGCUCACCUCCAAGAAGACGAUGUGGGUCAACUUCCAGGAAAUUUGCAGCAUGAUGCAGCGCAGCCCCGAGCACGUCAUGGCCUUUUUCUUUGCCGAGCUCGGAACCGACGGAAACAUGGACGGAAACCAGCGUCUGAUCAUCCGCGGAAAGUACGUCCCGAAGUACAUCGAGUCCUUGCUUCGAAAGUACGUCGUGGAGUAUGUUACGUGCGAGAUGUGCCGAUCCCCCAACACCGUGUUAAAGAAGGAUUCGUCCACCCGUUUGCACUUUUUGGAGUGCUCCGAUUGUGGAUCCACCCGUUCCGUGGCGCAGAUCCGUAGCGGGUACCACGCUACAUCCCGUGCCGAUCGUCGCGCGGCCAGAAAUGCAAAGGGUUAAGCGGUGCCCGGACGAAAUUGGUUCCCUUGGUGUGAGUUGUGUGGUGACUGUCUUGUGGAGGAGCAUUGCGAUAGCAUCAUCUGGAAGGUAAAAAUUAACGCAAACUAUACUGCAGCGAAUCGGUAAUAAAAUAAAUUAAAAGUACUAUUUUGAGGCAAGAGUUGGAGUAGUUCUUAAGCAGCAGGGAUWCAUUUGAACACGUUAUCGUGGUUGAUUCGUCGUCCGCCUUCUUUGCUCUCUUCGAAGAGGAGCUGAUGCUCGAAUCAGGACAUGCAAUACUAUCUUCCUUGGCUAGCUGGAAUUCAAUUGGUUCUCUAGCUAGCCAAUGGUGUUGGCAUAGCAAAGGCAAUUCGUGUUCGCGCUCCAACGCUCCAAUGCCGAAGAAAAGUCUCCCUGAAAAGCAAAAGGUAACUCUAGAAUAUGACCAAAGUGUAAAAUUCUAGUACCAUUUAACUGCUAGAACUACCUUUCUCGCAAUUGCAUCGCAUCUCAGAUACACCCGAAUUAAUUGCCGAUUUAUUCGAUUUUCUAUUUUUCAUUGCUACAUUUAUUGGCAGUAACCGCAAUAGAACAUGCUAUGAUGAUUCAUUUGAGUGCAGGAAUGUUGUUCGCAAUAGUAGUAUAUCAUUAUCAUUUACUACUACAAUUUGGUUUUUUGUUCUUAUAGUUGUGUUGUCUUACAUUUUAUUGUUUGUAUGUAGUUAUACCCCGCCCAAACGAAUCGCAUCUUUCUCACAUUUGCACUGCACUGCAUUGUGUUUUGUGUUGUAUUGUAUUAUUUCGGAUCGGAGGAGGACCGAUUCACCAUAAUCGAGACCCAUUGCGUUUUCUUCCUAGAAAACAGAAAGGAAAUAUAGCCAAUAGGCAAGUAUGGUUCUAAAUGCAAUCUCCCUUCCGCUCCGUUCCAAUCCAAGCAUAUGCAUUCAUUUAUUUCCUUUUUGCCAUUUUCUCAAAACUCUGUCCUUGCCCAUUCUCAUUCCGCCAUGGCCUGGACGUUGCUGCCAUUGGUGUUGCCUGUGGUGGUGUGAUGAUUUCCAAAAUAUGAGUGGCUCAUGUUGGAUUCUUCCGGCAUGGAGACAACACCAUCCCCGGCUUGUUCUCCGGUUUCCGAAUCCACGCUCAGUUC